CCAUUGGUUAAAAUAAUCAGCUGUCAUAUUUCAUACAUUAACAUUGGUUAAACAUUUUUUUUUAGUCUCGCGGAUAAAAAUGGCCGCAGUGUUGAUUUCAUGCUUAAAGAGUGUGUGAGGUUUUAAAUUUAUAAAACUUUCGUAAAAAUUAUAGCGUUUUUGUUACUUUCGUAAUUAAGAUUCGGUGUAGAUUAUUGCGUUAUUAUUUAAUACGAUGUCUGAAAGUACUAGCCCUAGUGUGUUAAGUUAUCUAAGACAGUAUCGGUUUCAAAGGAAACCUACCCCUGGAUCCAGCGGAACCUUGACAGUAACAUCAGCCCCAUCGAGUAAUCAACAACAAAUAAGGAUGCCUGCUCCAAACACAGCAAUCAGAAAUGGACCAAUAGUUUACAAACGGAUCAGAAUACAGGACUCGGACUCUGAUGAUUCUGCUUCUCCAGCUAAGAAACCUAUUGUUGAGUUGACCACAGCGGUUAAAGAGAGAAGAUUCAGGAACAUGCUGGAAAUGUUCCCUGAUAUAUCGCCCUUGUUCGUCAAAAACACUCUCGUUAAACAUGGUUGGAAUGAAGAGAGAUCACGUGAUGAGCUUUUAAAGCAUGACCCUGAAAGUGAUGACAAGGCCUCGCCGUCGACAUUCUUCGCAUCCCGUCCAGGGUUUUCAGGGCAAAUGCCUAAAUCCAAUGGAAUGGGGGUAGUCAGAGUGACGAGUGGACCGAGUGUAGUUGUUAGAAAGUCCUUAGCUGGUAAAGGGGGAAGGGCUCGAAGAGGCAGCAGUGGUAGUGAAGACGACGAUUAUGGAGUCAGAAAAGGAAAGGACGAAAGAGUUUACGACAGUGACGAUUCCGACAAUGAAAUAACCGAUGAUCUCGUGGGCGACAAGAGAAAAGUAUUCGAAUUCCUAAACACGAGCAAUAUGAAUGAACUCUCGUUGCUCAGUGGCUGUUCACAAAAAAAAGCAGAGGCCAUCAUAGCACAGAGACCAUUUAAAGGAUGGCUUGAUAUGGUAGAGAAAUUUAAUAGUAACAAGAUGCUGAGUACAGAUUUAUUGAAUUCAACUCAAGAGCUCCUUUGUACAAGAAACAAUAUACAGAGAUUGAUGAAGAAGUGCGUCGGUCUCGCUCAGCAGCUGGAGUCUGCGGUGGCUGCCGGAGCGGGCCGGUUGAAACAGCCGACCACUUUAGAUUCAAGUUUGAAAUUAGCACCAUACCAGCUAGUAGGUCUCAACUGGCUAGCGGUACUCCAUAAGCAAGGAGUGUCCGGUAUUCUUGCUGAUGAAAUGGGCUUAGGGAAAACCGUCCAGGUGAUUGCCUUCCUUGCACACUUGAAAGAGACAGGUCAAGCCCGGGGUACACAUUUGGUCGUUGUACCGGCUUCCACGCUAGAUAAUUGGAGUAGCGAGUUGGCUCGUUGGUGUCCAUCGCUGCGUGUUAGCAAGUAUUAUGGUAAUCCAGAGGAGAGGCGACUACUUCGCAUUGAGUACUCGCGAGGAUUAGAUCAAAUUGACAUCGUUCUUACAACUUACACAAUGGUGAGCAGCUGCCCCGAAGAACGCAAGAUGUUCCGCAUCACACCAAUGCACUAUGUUAUAUAUGACGAAGCUCAUAUGCUUAAAAAUAUGUCCACUCAAAGAUACGACAAUUUACUAAAAAUAAAGUCCAAACACCGUCUGCUACUAACGGGGACACCUUUACAAAACAACUUGGUCGAGUUGAUGUCACUUCUAUGCUUUGUGAUGCCUCACAUGUUCUCCGGCAAAACUGAUGAUUUGAAGAGCUUGUUCCAAAAGAAUGCGAAAGCAAAGACGACAAAGAAAACAAAUGGUACCAAAGAGGAUGACGUUCCAGCCUUUGAACAGAGCCAGAUAACACAAGCCAAGCGUAUUAUGAAGCCUUUCGUACUACGGAGGUUGAAGCGUGAUGUACUGCAGGACCUGCCGAAGAAAACCAACCAUACAGAACUGUGUUCUAUGUCUGAGAAACAGCAGAGGCAGUAUAAGGAUCUCAUUGCCGGAUUCUCUGCGAAGGAUGGCACGAUUCACGCGACGACCGAGCAGAGCGGCAUAUCGAUGAUGAUGGACAUGCGCAAGCUGGCCAACCACCCGCUGCUGCUGCGCUACCACUACGACGCGGGCGUGACGCGCAAGAUGGCGGCGCGGCUGGCGCGCGACCCCGCGCACAAGGAGAAGAACGAGCAGUACGUGUUCGAGGACCUCAUGUGCAUGUCCGACUUCCAGAUGCACCAGCUCACCCAGCAGUAUUCGUGUAUUAGAUCAUAUUCGGUGCCAGACCAUUUGAUAGAAGAUUCUGGAAAAUUCCUUAAAUUAGAUGAGAUGUUGCCCAAGUUGAAGGAGGAAGGUCACAGAGUCCUAAUCUUCAGCCAGUUCACGAUGAUGCUGGACAUCCUCGAACCAUACCUCAGACUACGUAACUAUCGCUACCUAAGGCUAGACGGUAGUACUGCUGUUAAUGAGAGACAAGAUCUAAUAGAUCGGUAUAACGCUGAGGACAUAUUCGUGUUCCUGUUGUCUACAAAGGCGGGAGGUCUCGGGAUAAAUCUAACGGCUGCAGAUACUGUAAUCAUUCAUGACAUUGAUUUCAACCCUUACAAUGACAAACAGGCUGAGGACAGAUGCCACAGAAUGGGUCAAACUCGUCCAGUAGAGAUCUACCGGUUGUUAAGUGCGGGGACAAUUGAAGAGGGCAUAUACCAAGUGGCACAAGAGAAGCUCAACCUUGAAAAACAUGUUACGGGUGCUGACGAAAAUGAAGGCACUGAGCAGAAGAAUGUAGUUCGUCUAUUGUCAGCAGCUUUGGGAUUGACUUCGCCGAACAAAUGAUUGUUAGCCAAUGAUGUCAUUGUCAUAGACUAGUGAAAUGACACUGAAUUUUGUCUGAAAGUGGCUUAAAAAUAGUGCUAUGGAACGGAAACAAUAGUGCAUCGUAAUAUAUUGUAUAGAACAAAACAAAUACCUAAGUGAUUGUGUACAAAGUGAAAGAGUUAAGUCAUUCCUGUUUGUUGAGAUGUAAACUUACUUUGAAUGGUACUUUAUUUAUUCUUUAUGUAUUGUCAUUAGAAACAUAAAAAGAAUUUAGUUUAAAAAAAAAAAAAACAAUUUGUUAAACUUUAU